AUGGCGCAGUAUGCAGACCCAGUGGCCGACUUGCUGGACAAGUAUGGAUCGUUCCGUGCCAGACUCUUCAGGGAGUCCUGUGUGUUCCAUAGGGGAAAUUAUGUCAAGGAUCUAAGUAAACUAGGAAGAGAUUUAAAGCAUGUUCUUAUUGUGGAUAAUUCACCUGCGUCAUAUAGUUUUCAUCCUGAGAAUGCAGUUCCAGUUGCAUCAUGGUUUGAUGACUUUUCUGACAUGGAACUUUUAGACUUGAUUCCCUUCCUCGAAACAUUGAAUGAAGUUGAUGAUGUCUGUGCAUUUUUGAGGAGUGCUAACAUGAACAUCCUGAAAGGCAGAUGUGAUUCACUGGAAAUCCGUAGCUGAAUGACAGUGUAAUUAAUUUUAAGGUUUUUAAACUAAAGGCUUUAAUUAAAUUUACAUUUUUGGGACACUAGACAAACUGAAAGUAUUGUUAGUUAGCACUCUUAUUGAUAAUUUUUAUCGGUAUUUGUGCACAUCAUGAGGUGAGAUUUGGGUCUCCUGUGUGGUGUGCACAAUAUUUUUAAUAAGAUCCACUUACUGAGCUAACUACAACCAAUGCACAAAUAACAUUAUCACAAAACAUAUUGCUUUGUAUACAUUUUCACAGUUGAUUUUACCUUCUUCAUAAGGGAAGUAAGGAUUUUUCAAAUUAGUUUCUUUUCUUGUUAUAAAGAAAUUUUCUCUCUGUAGAAUGUUAUUAUUCAUUUUUGUGAAUCAAAUUCAUAAAUGGACAGGUUUGCCCUACCAAACUGAGCUGCAGCCAGGUUGUAAAUUAAUGUAGAAGUAGUGGGUAACUGUGAAGAGCGACUCCGAUUUUAAGUUGUUGGUAACCUGUCAACCAACUGUUGUUGACAUGUUACCAACAGAUGACCAGCACUAUCUUUUGAUAGCUGCUCUUCACUUUUACUGAAAUGAAGCGUCACUGGUACAUUAAUUGGCAAGCUCUCAAAAAUGUGGAACUUGUGAGAGUUGGUUACUGUAAUUCUCACUGGAGACACCAUCAUAGAUCUAGGGUUCUUCGAGUAUAGAUGAAGCAUGAUUUGAGACGUCAUGUGAUUAUCGCGAUCCACUGAAACACUAUAAAGCUCAGCCCAGUUAAAUUCUGGAAAGGCUAAAUCAUGGCACAACACAUCAUAGGACAGUGUCAUAGGCCACGCCUAUUGCACUGUUGUAAAAGCCCUUAUUGCCUUUUUUUAGAACUUUUUGUUUGAAACGUUAUUUUAAUCACAAUCAUUACGUUGAUUAACUAUGUUUUUACGUAAAGUGUACAUAGAACUGGUUCUGUAGGAAGAAAUACUAAAGUCUCAUUUAUUAUACAAAAUUAUUAACUCGGGUUCCCAUGUUGAUUAUAAACCUGGUGGCAGAAAUGGCAUAAUUUUUAAGGGAGGCAACUUUCCUAAAUAGAGAAAUAAUGUUUAUCUUCUUUGCACUAGGUAAGACAAU